CUAAGUCUACCGGUGAGAAAGAGUCAUCAGUCGAACUUUCUCUGAAAUACAGUGAACAACUCUCUCACAAUCCCAACACAACAAUGUUCAAAUACUUGCUUCUGGUUGCACUCGUCCCAGCUGUAAUGCUGCAGAAUGCCGACAACAUCGAUCACGAAUCGUGGCCUCAGGUUUCCAUCCGGCCAUGCGCUGGAGUACGUCCACCACCCCGUGCAGUUCGGAUUGAAGGAUGUGUAGAGAUGCCGUGCCUGUUGCCCCGUGGACGCGAUGCCAAUAUGGCUAUGGACUUCACUGCUGUUCAGGACGCUACCAACUUGCAAACCCGUGUGACCGCCACUGCUUUGGGUAUCACUGCUCCCUAUGAGUUGCCAGCUGACCGUGCCGCUGCUUGCAACUGGCUGGUGCAGUCCCGUUGCCCAAUCUCGGCCGGAGAGGAUCUGACUUAUCAUCUGAGUAUGCCCGUGACUGCCAUCUAUCCGCUGGUCAGUGUGACCAUCGAAAUGGAUUUGGUUGACCAGAGCCAGCAGUCCCACGGAUGCUUCGUCGUAGAUGCCCGUGUUGUUGCGAACUAAUUAUGUGGUCAUCAGGAAACAUGAUUUAAGGCAGAAGAUUCCCACCGCUAGUAUAAGAGAAUUAAAGGCUGCGAACUUAAACAUAUGUAAAAAUGCUUUCUGUAUGAAAUGACUUUAUGUUUUUGCAAAUAUAUGUAACCAAAAUUCAGCGAAAAAAUGUAACAAUAAAA